CGUCAUUGACGCGUUAGUGACGUGUAAUUAGAAACACAGCGGUGAUUUGGUUUCCUUAUUCUCAAAGGAGUGGGAGUCAAAAAGCAUAAGAGCGUGUAAAACAAAACAACAUAAAACAUACUACUGCUGCUAUAAGAUCACCAUAUGGUUGACUUUAUGAUACUGUUUUUAUCUCUUAUGAUACAGAGAUGGGUAGAAAAGUGUGUUCGUGAUCAACAUUAUAAUAAAAUCACUCGUCAGCAUUUGGUAGUAUACGGCGAGUAGAUUGCACAGUGGCUAGUCUAUCACGCCUCCUCAAGCGAGUGCAUCAGAUGUUGUAGUUGCUCUGUGAGGUGAAGUAGCAGUAGCACUUGGCUUGUCUUAUUGGAUAAAACCUCCCUGGAUUGUGUGAUCUCGGAGAAUACUUUUCCGUCUUUAUUUACUAGCCUCGCUGACUUCAUCUUCUUCUUCUCCUGUGGUGUUCGCGGGAGAUAUCAGCUUCUGAUCCCCCCGUGUAAUCCGGGAGACCUCCGCUGCUUUCCCGAGUUUUUCUGGACGCAAGUUGACGGUGUCUUGAGUAGAACUACACCAUAUGGCAAACACUACGGACUCGGUGCAAGUAUAACCGGGGAAGGUUUUAUAACUAUAGAGGACUAUACGGCCAAGAUCCCCAAGCAGCGUCCGGUCUGAAACCAUGAAGGGUCUACAUCGGGGGAAACUCCAGGUCGUGAUUUUCGUCUUGGCACUCCUGGUGGCUGCUCGGGAUGCGAGCGAAGAGUUUGAUCCACAAGAAACCUUGAUGGAACUUGACGUCAUCAAGGAGAUUUCACCCAGCAUCUUGAGCGACUUGUGCUGUAAGAAAGAACUGGAUGUGGGUGAGUGUAUCGACUUCUUAAAAGGGAGGCAAGUUUCGAAUGAGAAUAUUGCUGACGAUUGGCUGAGGAAACUUGAUGUUCUAUCCGUUGAGACAGCUAACGCUGGUGCCCAUGCUAACUGGAACUUUCAAACCAACAUGACUACAUACAACUCUCAGUACUCUAAGAAUGUCUCGAUGCUGAUUGGUGACUUCUCCCUAGAGAUGAAGAGUCAAGGUCAACAAUUUGACACAUCCUCCUUCGGUAGAUCUCACGAGAGGGCGUUUAUGCUGCUGACAAGGGGCGGUUAUUUAGAGGACAGAGACAAACGUCAGCAGAUGACCAGAAUUAACCAGGAAAUGGAAAGUAUCUAUGGUAAGGGUAAAAUCUGCAGAGAGAAUGGUACAUGCCUUCUGCUGGAACCAGAUAUUGAAAAUAUAAUGGCUGAAUCUACAAACUACUCCGAGUUACUCUGGGCAUGGAAAAGCUGGCGUGAUGUGGUCGGAAGAGAGAUACGCCCUCUAUAUUCAACCUAUGUAGAUCUGAAGAAUGAAGGAGCGAGGGCAAGUGGAUACGCUGAUGAGAGCGAGGUUUGGCAGGAGAAGUAUGAAAUAAAAGAUGGCAAAUUUGAGAAGAUGAUUGGUGAAAUUUACGACAAGGUAAAACCGAUGUAUAAGCAGUUGCACGCGUAUGUUCGCCGUCGACUCUCACAGCAAUACGGGGAGGAUAAAGUAGACAUCAACGGCCCAAUACCAGCACAUCUUCUCGGUAACAUGUGGGCCCAGCAAUGGAACAACAUCUACCAUCUCGUCACUCCGUAUCCAGAUGUUCCGGACAUUGAUGUGUCGAAGGAAAUGGUCCGGCAGGAUUACACCGUUAAGAAGAUGUUCCGUGUGGCUGAGCGAUUCUUCACAUCCCUUGGUAUGGAUCCAAUGCCAGAAUCCUUCUGGGAGAACUCCAUGCUCACGAGACCCAAAGACAGAGAAGUGGUCUGUCACGGGUCGGCGCACAAUUUCUUUAAGAACAGAGAAGUCAGGAUAAAGAUGUGCACUGGUAUAACCAUGGAGGAUUUAUACACUGUGCAUCAUGAGAUGGGUCAUUGUGAGUAUUAUCUUCAAUAUCAUAAACAGCCACUUAUCUUCAGCAGUGGUGCUAAUCCAGGUUUUCAUGAAGCAGUUGGAGAUACCAUUGCACUCUCUGUAGUUACACCCGACUAUCUCCACAAGAUCGGACUUUUGAAAGAAGUUGUCCACAAUGAAAAGGCUGAUAUCAACAACCUAAUGAAGGUUGCUUUGAAUAAGAUUGCUUUCUUACCAUUCGGAUUGUUGAUUGAUAAAUGGAGAUGGGAUGUCUUCAGAGGAAACAUUCAACCUGAAAACUACAACGAGGCUUGGUGGAAGCUUAGGAUGGAGUAUCAGGGUAUUAAACCUCCAAUUGAACGGACAGAAGAAGACUUCGAUCCCGGUGCUAAAUAUCAUAUACCGUCAGGGACUCCUUAUAUACGAUACUUUGUUAGUUUUGUGAUUCAGUUUCAAUUCCACCGUGCGAUGUGCGAGGCAUCAGGACACGAAGGUCCCUUGCAUCUAUGCAAUAAUUACGAGUCUAAAGAAGCGGGUCAAAAACUCAAGGACAUGUUGGAGCUAGGUUGCAGUGUUCCAUGGUGGGAGGCAUUAGAGAGACUCACCGGGCAAGACUUUAUCGAUCCCUCAGCCAUUGAGGAGUACUUUGCCCCGCUACUAGUCUGGCUCAAAGAACAAAAUGGUGACAAUGUCGGUUGGGAUUAAAACAAUUGAGAUUUAUCAUCUUAAUAAUCCUAUGGUAGCCUUUGGGUUCGGUAGGUGUUGGGGUCAUGUUGUGUUUUGUGGCGAUGAACGAUUUACUUACAAUUAUUUUUAACUAAUCAAAAGUUUCUUUUAUUUUCGGUUACUUAACAAUAAUUGAAUGAUACUUAAAGUCAGAAUUAUCCUAUUCCGUUUGUUUCGUGUGUUAUUAUUAUCAGGGGAAGUAUAUUUUUAAACUGUAACUGUAAAACCUUCCACAACAAUUCACCAUCAAAAAGAAAGUGCACGUUUCACACAAUGCCUUUUAGCAUUCAGAACUGUACGCUGUUUGUUUGUUUGUUUGUUUGUUUGAAUAUUUGUUUUGUUUUGUUGUGAAUGUUUGUUUGUUUGUUUAAU